AUGAACGUAUACGUGUUGGCUACGCAACCUACUUAUCCUGCCCGGCCAUGGAAACUCUACUCAAUAACGGUUUACACAAAUACUUACAUGAGCCAGCUGGUCCAUCCCAGAGGAUGGCUUGAAUGGUUUGGUAACUUUGCUUUGAACACAUUAUGGUAUGGCCGUAUGGCGAAUACAUUAAUAUUAGGCCGGGUUGGCGGUCAUCGGGUCGGGUUAAAUGGCCUAGUUAUCAUGUCAUGGACAAACGGACUGCAAUGUCCUUCAACAUCGUUCAUCGACGGUCGGAGAUGGCUUCCGACAACAGGUGUCACGUUCACCGCUGGUUAA